UUCAAGUUUCAUUUAUUGUGUUAAAUAAAUCUGUUCGCUGUCUCAAAAUGCCGAGCUCUCGUGAUACUUUAGACACAGAUAUCGUUACUUUGACACGAUUCAUAACAGAGCGCGGCCGACAGACCGGAUCAACUGGUGAAUUGACGCAGUUGCUUAACUCAAUAUGCACGGCUAUCAAAGGCAUCGCUACCAAUGUACGACGGGCGGGAAUCAUGAAUUUAUACGGCAUAGCGGGGUCUACUAAUACAACCGGCGACGAGCAGAAAAAGUUGGAUGUUUUGUCCAAUUUGCUCUUCAUAAAUAUGAUAAGAUCUUCCUUUACUACUUGUCUCAUGGUCUCGGAAGAAAACGAGAAUGCCAUCGAGGUAGAAGUGGAAAAACAAGGAAAAUAUAUUGUUACUUUCGAUCCGUUAGAUGGGAGCUCUAAUAUCGAUUGUCUCGUCUCGAUUGGAACCAUUUUCGGGGUGUAUAAGAAGAAUUCUGACGGCGCGCCAACUGAAAAAGAUGCAUUACAACCUGGUAGGUCAAUGGUGGCAGCAGGUUACGCACUUUACGGUAGCGCUACGGUCAUAGUUUUGGCCACGCAGUUCUCAGUGGAUAUGUUCAUGCUUGAUCCAAUGGUGGGAGAAUUCGUGCUUACUGACCGUGAUAUUAAAAUCAAGAAAAAAGGCAAAAUUUUUAGCAUAAACGAAGGCUAUGCAAAGUUCUGGCACCCUGCUGUGAAGGAGUACGUGGAAAGGAAAAAGUUCCCUCAGGAUGGUAGUUCGCCUUACAAUGCAAGGUAUAUUGGUUCUAUGGUAGCUGACGUACAUCGUACGCUUGUAUAUGGCGGUAUUUUCGCUUACCCAGCGCAUAGUAAAAGCCCCAACGGUAAACUAAGGCUUUUAUAUGAAGCUGCUCCGAUGGCGUUUAUCAUGGAGAAAGCUGGAGGUAAAGCGACGAAUGGAAGGCAAGAUAUUUUGGAUAUUGUGCCCGAACAAAUACAUCAGAGAGUUCCUAUCGUGUUGGGGUCACCAGAUGACGUGGAAGAGUAUUUAGAGAUCGAGAAGAAACAUCAGGAUCACUGCAAAGGAGUCACAAAGUGAAUGUUAAGGCAAAAAUUAGAUGAAAAAAAUAUGAAAACAAAAAUUUUGAAGUAAAAAAAAGCAUUUUGGUAAAUGCUUAAAAAUGCAAAUUAGAAUAACAUAUGUAUGCACAUAAACUAAAAUUCAUCAUUUUUUAUGAGAUUAUCAUGUUCACUUAAUUAGUAAACAUUAUUUUUGAGUUUAUAUGUAAAAAUGUAUUUGGAUAUUAGUUUAAUUCAGUCCAAACAGUUCUUGAGUUCUAAGUGCAGACAUUUUCUGAAGCUAAUAUUGUAAAUUUUUACAUAAUGUUAUAUCUCAAUUCUCAAAAUAUUUAUAUGCUCGGUUUUGGAUAUAAAUUUAAGACGAAAGCAAUUUGUCAUAAAAGAAAAUGUGCUUUACUGAGAAUUAAAAAAAAACAUAAAAAUGUGCCUUGAAUUAAAAAAAUCAUUAAUUUUUCACACAUUGUAUUAUUUUCAAAAUGUAUAAUUUGGGCAAACAUUUGAAAGCAGUAACUUUGCAAUUGGACUUAAAAGUAAAUUGUGUAAGAUAUAUAUAUAUAUAUGCUAAAAAAAUUGGAUUUUAUGUGUCUUGAAUUUAAAAAGCAAAAAUUUAACAAUUGCUUUCGCUGUUAUAUUAUGUUUCAAUGCAAUUUAUUAAUUAUUUUUUUUCCUCAUUUUAAAAGUACAGUAAUCGUUAAAAUUCAUAAUUUUACAUUUUUUAUAGAAUUGUAAAAAGUAGGGUUUAAGUUCCUUAAAAUUGAUCCAAAAAUUGUGUGAAUUGAUUUUUUCCGACACAAUUACCUUAUUAUUUUUAUAAUUGGAACUAAUUUCUGUUAAAAAAUGGUAAAUGCCUCAAAAAUCAUGGUCAAAAUUGUCAAAACUCUAUGCAUUUUUGGUUUAAAGGUACAUUAAACACAUAUGAACAAAAAUGUUGUCAAAAUUAAUUAAAAUGUGCAAAAUAUAAAAUCUUAAA